AUGGACAAUGAAUUAAUAGAUAUACCAAUUGAUUAUGAUGAACCAAAGUUAGAAUCAUAAGAAUCAUAUUAAGGAUCAUAAGAAGCAGUGUCUCAAAUUAUAUCUGCAACUCCCACUAGAAAUCAAAGUGAAAUCAAUUAAAAGUAAAGCAUUCAUACAAUCACUUUUCAUUUAACUGAGUAAGUCUAAUAAAGUUACACAUAAUAUUAUGAAAAUAUUUCAUAUGUCUUAUGGAGUUAAAUUAAUGAUGAACCGGCUUAAACGGUAAAUCGUAAAUAUACUCAUUUUGAAUGGCUUAAUGGAGCAUUAAAACGAGAGUUUCCAGGAUUACUUAUUCCAGCUAUUCCACCAAAAAGUGUUUUAGCAAAAAUUAAUUUAACUGAACAUACAACUUUAGUUAGAGAGAAACGAUAUAAAGUAUAAUUAUGAUAAUUGAUUUUAGCAAUUAGAAGAAUUUUUAAACAAAAUAAAAGAUCAUCCUUAAUUGUAAGUUAGUAAUAAAUUUCAAAUAUUUCUUACAGGAUCUUCAGAAGUAUAAUUUAUUAUAUUUAUUCAGAUUAUGUAAUAAGAACUCUUAGAAUUAUCCUAAUAUCAAACUUAUGCUCAUUAAUUAGGAUCAGCUAUUGCAAAUGCUGGAUCAAAAGCUUAUGAUAUUGCCAAAGGAUCUUUUAAUUAUUUAAGUAGUUUUAUCUACACUGGAUAAUAGAAUUCUCAAAAAUAAUUGUAAUAUCCUGAAUUAGAAAUUUAAUAAGACAUAAAAGAAUUUUUUGAAAGUUGGGAAGAUGUAUAUUAUAUAUAAGUAAGCUAUUUAGUUAUUGAUUGAAGAAUAAUAAAAAGUUAAAAGAAUAUUUGAAUAAUACUAAAAUAUUGUCAAUAUUAAAUAAGAAUAAAAUGAAGAUACUAAGAAAGUGAUAAGUUCUUUGAAGGAACUUGAUCUCUCUUCAUUGGAGAAGGAUAUUAAUAAAACUGAAGCAAGUUGUUACCUUAAUGAAAGCAUCUUAAAUGAAAUUAAGUUGAGUGUCAUCUUCAAAUUAGAGGUUAGUAUUUUAUUUUUAAAUAGCUCUGCAUACUAGAUUUAGAUGAAGCUAUUGGAACAAUUAAGAGAAGAUCUGAAUUGAUAUAUCAAAUUUAAUAAUAAAUCAAAAUGCACAAUCAAAUUGAAUCUUUUAAUGGUAUUAUGAUUUAUUAAUUCAAGAAAAAAUAUAAUAUAAAGAAUAAAUUAGAGAAAAUUAAAAAUUACUUAAAAUAAUUGAAACUAAUUUUUAGACUGAUAUUAAGAUAUUUGCAAAUUGGCUUAACAAAUAUUUAGAAUAAUUGAUUAGAUAUUACAAUGAAUAGUUUUAAAAAUUAUAUAGAGAAUAAAACAAAAAUUGGAAUGAUUGA